AUGGCGGCGGCAGCGGAGCGACCCUCCAGGACCGCCAAGAUGGCGGCGCCCACUGGGGGACGGGCCGUACGGAAAGCGGAAGUGCCGGGAGCCAGCACCGGAAGUAGCUUGCGGAUCACAAACGAAGACGGCAGCGCCAGCGAGUUCUCUGGUUUCACCUUCCGGGUGGCAACAGCGACUCUGGCAGGUGGUUCCGGGACAGAGCAGGACGGCGCCAGCCAGCACGGGAAGGUGGAGGCCGUCGGUGGCAUCUGCAAUGGGGCAGAGCAGGGUCCUGCCGCGUACGGGGCAGCUGGACCCCCCGGGCACCCCACUGGAGCCGCAGGAAGAGCCCUGCGGGCCUGGCACCCCUGCCAGGGCUACGAACGGCGGUCCAAGGCUUCCUCCGUGCCCCAGGGCGGCACCAGCCCGUGGCCGCUCCCCGUCGCUGCUGGGGAACGUCUGUCCCACGCCCAGCUCGGGGAGGCCGGCGCUGGCAGAAGGUUCCGCUUGGUCUUUGCUGCCUGCCUAAGGACCGCCAUCAGCUGCGCCCUCUCCUUCUGGUCGGCCUGGUGCCCCGGGUACGUUUUGGACAGGGUCUGGGGGGCAGAGGGGGCCGGGCCGCGGCUCAGUCCAGCUGGGGGGGCCCUCCUGGACUCCCCGAGAGCAGCAGCCCCCCAUCUUCACCCCCCCUCCCAGGCAGCCCCCCAACAUUUUCGGGGGGGCAGUCCCUCCCAUGGGGGGUUCCAGCCCCCACUGCCCUGGAAGGGGUUCCCAGCUCCAUUGACCUCGGCGAACUCCUCCUGGCCCCUGUCCCACAUGGUCACGAUCACCAGCCCCAAGGCAAUGGGCAUCGAUGCCGUGAAGGCCAUCCGGCCCAGCAACGCCAGCUUCUCCAUGGCAGGAGCACAAACAGCACAGAGCGCCUGCGCGACCAUAGAGAGCUGGGACCAGAGCGCCGCACCACGCGACCAUAGAGAGUUGGGACCAGAGCGCCGCACCACCCGACCACGGAGAGUUGAGACCAGAGCGCCGCACCACGCGACCAAAGAGAGCACGGGCCAGAGUGCCCGCGGUACCAUAGAGUGGGAGGCUAGAGCUGACUGUCCCUCCCUUCCGCCCCCCAGCCCUGGGAGGUGA